AGCGCAGGAUCGGGAGAAUUGUAAGAUCCUUCUUUCUUAGCACAACAAACAGCUGUUUUCCACGUUUCGUUUCGGUUUUGUUGGAUCCCUGGUUUUCUCCAUACGUUUUAACUGAACAGCGCAACAUCUGUUGAGAACUUUAUUUUGGAUAGAAUUCGGUCGAAACGGGACUGACAGGUCUUGACAGAGAUCACUCGCAUAGGUUGAUACAAUGUACAAAUGCUGGGGAAUUUUCGUCUUGUACUAUUUCGUUUCAUUCGUAGCUACACAGCCUGAAACAGAGCUCCCAUCACCAAGAAAUGUGACUUUCUCUUGGACGAACGAGUUCUGCUGGAAGCUUUCAUGGAGUCUACAGGAGAAUGUUGAUAGUCAGAGAUGUAAAUACCAUAUCAAUAUGUCAUGGAUAGGCAAGGAGAACAUAAGCAGGACGAAGAAGGAAACACGGUUAGAGGAGUGUUUACCUCUGAUGGGAGGUGUGCGUUUCUUCAUACAAACUCAGUGUAACAGGACACAGAUGAGUCAAACUGUAGUUCACACCAUCCCUGCCCCCACAGAGUUGGUGACGAACUUCAAAUGUUUUCUCUACACUUCUAAGGCCAUGAACUGCAGCUGGCUCCUAGCCAAUCAGGUCCCAGAAGACCUUCAGCUUUACUACCAGGGGUUAAAAAAUAUGAGUAAGGUAUCGGAAUGCAAUGAGUACCUGUACAACGGCAAUCAGAGGACAGGAUGUCAUCUGAGAGGAGACUUCCACAUGCGGUUCUUCUUCCAGGUCAAUGGGACUCUCAACGGUUCAUCGGUACGGAAUACCUUCGAGGUGAAUCCUCAUGGCCAUGUGCAGCCUAUGCCUCUUGAAUUGAAGAUCACAGAGGAAGGGAGCAACCUCAAUAUUAGCUGGAUUUCACCAGACAUAAGACAUCCACGCUGUUGGAAGUACAUCAUCAACUAUACCAGAUGUAAAAUGCCUGAGAGUACGUCCUUAGGAGACAAGACUUGGAUCAUGGUGAACUAUGACCCUUACUGUCAGUAUCGUGUUCGCAUUAAACCCAUCUUUUUACAAUUGUGUGGUAUGGGAGAGGGUGACUGGACUGAGGAGGCAAUAUAUGGUAAAGAUGGGAAUCGGGAUUGGCCCCUGCAUGUUUCAGCCGUCUUCAUUUCAGUCAUGGCGGUUAUAGUUUCCAUCCUGGUUUGUUUUUGUAUAAGGAAACACAAGGACAAGAUUCUCCCCAAAGUUCCCAAGCCAACCAACCUCAUCAGUGAUAUGUUCAACAACAACAAUGAGAUGAGCAUUAAUGAGAACCUCUACAUCCCAGCACAAGAGGAAGUAGACUGUAAGAUCACCCUAGUACAAUCCCCUCUUCCUCAGCAGCCAGAGUCGUGAGAAACAACAUGAAUAUACAGUGAACCUGUGGACAAGCUGGUAGUGGCCCAGCAGACUGGGAGGACCUCAGUGUUUUAACCUUGUGUGGUGGUGGCUUUUUGACUCAACAUGGGAUACUUUGAGAAUUAACAACAGUAACUGGGAUCCCCGGACUGUCCCAGGACCACUCUUCACAUUUCCUGAAUUUUUUUUAAUGACAAGACCCGGGAAACUACAACAUUUCCCGCCACUGUUGCACUAAUGCAAUUCCACAAAAUACACAUGCGCAGCAGCAAAUUAGCUAAAAGUAAAAUGGCACAUUUUCCAAACAGGUAAGCUUUUACCUUAGCUUAUUUACUUCACACAAAGUCUCCAUAAUUUCAAAGCACACACAUACUUGACACUGCCUGACUGCACACGAGAAACAAAUGCGAUUUACAGUUAUCAUCAGAACUCAAAAUUCGAUCCCGGUCCGACCCGAGCCUGGUGAGAUGAAGUCGGAGCCCAGGCCUAGUCCGACAUCACAGAAAUAAAAUAGCCCGAAUGCGAAAAAAAAGCAAGAUUUCUGGAAAACAGUAGGCUAUGUUGAUUUAAACUGGUGUUGAGAACAAAAUGGCGAAGGUAGCGGAGUGAGGAGACGAGGAAAUACCGUUAUACUAAUUUAAAGCAAUAGUUGUGUGUGGUCACAUAGAUUAUAAUUUCAGCACUGUUUUGACAGGGCCAGCGCCAUCACGCUGCUUUGAGACAAGCUUAGGGGACUCGUCUAGAUAAAUCAAUGUCACAUUUUUGUUUUCACUGAAUCUCCAUUUGGAUAUUUGGUAACCAUUAGGCUACGUUGUAGUGUGCUAAUGAUCAUCUUCUUUUCUCUCUAUUUUGCUCUAUUUUGCUCUUCACUUGUGUAGUAGUUUGUCCUACUCCCAACCAAAAACCUGUGACAUAUCUGAUAAUCAAUCAAUGUGAUUUUGUUUCACUGAAUCUCUGUCUGUAUAUUUGGUUAAUUGCUCUCUGGCUGUACAAGUGGAAAUGGUAGCUCAUUUAUUCAUUUGCUCUUCUAUCACUGACCAGAAACAUUUAGCAUGCAAUAAUUUAGCCCAAAUCAAAUGUAUUAUUUAUCUAUUGACUCACUAGCGUUUAUAUAAAGGCUGUUUUCCUAUCGUCCCAAUCCCACUGAAACCCAAAAUCCUUCAUUGUAAUCCAUAGGUUGCUUUAUCAGAGCACGUCUCGCCUAUGCAUGUCAAAAUACGGCUAGAACAUUUCCCCCGCCUCUCUGCACUGUCUCGUAUUGCUGCCCUAAUGAGAGCUUCAAUAGAGCUUCAAUAUCAAUGAGAGCUUCAAUAUCAAUAAAGAUGUGUUCAUUAAACUUUGA